UGUGAAAGAUUUCUUCGACCAGAAUUCUGUUUGUAUCCGAUUGUUUACUGUGUAUAUUCAGAAUUCUGUUUCGAUCUUAUUAUUUUUUCUCUCUAGUAUAUUCCCAUAAUUCUGUUUUUAUCUUAUUUUUUCUCUCUAUAUAUUCUCAUAUUCGGUUCCAUAAGAACUAGAUAGGAAAAAACACAUUAUUAUUAUUAUUUUUCCAUGAUGUUCAAGGUGUACCUUGUUUCUUCUUUUCUCUUGGGGCUUCUGCUCCUUGCUCAAGCAAAUGGAAAUGAUAAAAAGAUUGGGUUUUAUGAACUCAAGAGAGGAAAUAUGAGGCUGAAUUUGACAAAUUAUGGUGCUACAAUUGUCUCCGUCAUCGUACCUGAUAAACAUGGGAAAUUAGGUGACAUUACGCUUGGCUACGAUGAUAUUGAGCAAUACAAGAAUGACACAUGGUACUUUGGAGCUCUUGUUGGACGUGUAGCCAACAGAAUUGGUGACGCUAAGUUCACAUUGGACGGUCAUAAAUAUAAAUUGCCUGCUAAUGAUCACGGGAACACACUCCACGGUGGUUUCACAGGGUUCGGUGAUGUUGUUUGGAACGUGAAAAGUCACAAGGAAGAUAGCUACAUAACAUUUACCUACGACAGUCAUGAUAAUGAACAAGGGUUCCCCGGAAGACUUGAAGUUGCUGUGAGCUACAUGCUGAUUGGCACAGACAAGUAUGUAGUGAAAAUGAUUGCGAAGCCAUUGGACAAAGCCACACCAGUGAACCUAGCUCAGCACACAUACUGGAAUCUAGGUGGGCACAACAGUGGUGACAUUCUCUCACACCAGGUUCAGAUUUUUGCCUCAAACAUCACACCAGUGGACCAAAAACUCAUCCCCACUGGAAAGUUCCAAUCCGUGAAGGGCACCCCUUAUGACUUCCUUGAGCCAAGGGAAGUAGGAAGCAAAAUCCAUGACCUACCUGGCCUCUAUGACAUGAACUACGUGCUUGAUAAAGGUAGCAAUCAGCACUUCAGGAAAGUGGUCAUAGUGAAGGAUAAUGUCUCUGGGAGGAAGCUAGAGUUAUGGUCAAACCAACCUGGUUUGCAGUUCUACACUAGUGGCAUGUUGACAAGUACUAAGGGUAAGGGUGGUGCCACUUACAAUAAGUAUGGUGGCAUUGCAUUGGAGACACAAGGGUUCCCUGAUUCUGUGAAUCAUCCAAAUUUCCCAUCACAGAUUGUGCGUCCUGGAGAGAUAUACAAGCACUACAUGGUAUACAGAUUCACUGCUAGCUAAUUUUAUGAUCCAUUUCAUAUGUAACAUGCCCAUGAGUAUAGGAGAAUGAUUCUAUAAAUAUAUGACUCAUAUCUAUCAUUUUCCAUAGUUAUCAUGUGAUUAAGUUUGGGGAAUAAUCUCUUGGAGUACUUUUCUUUCGACUCUUUCAUUGGCUUGGAAUAAAGAGAGUGGGCAUUAAUUGAAA